UCAAUUAAAGGCGAAUCUUGGCCGGUAUAAAAGGUGACAGUUGUGAGUGUCGGACAUAUCAAUCCGGUGCAACAGCUCCAGAGCGACAGUAGCUCCUCCUUCUCAUCCAUCCAUCCAUCCUAGCAAGUCCAAGUCCAGCAUGAAGCAGUUUGUGGUUUUAGCCGUACUGGCUGUGAUCGGCCGCUCCGCUCUGGCCGCUCCUCGUCCGGAUGUCAGCCACCUGGCGGGCUACAGCUACCAGGCAGGUGGCUUCAACGGCGGCAGCCUGGUGGCCAAUCAGGUGUUGAGUGCUCCCCUGACCACUGUGGGCAGCUCCUAUCAGCCCACCGCCGCUGGCACCAACUACUUCAGCUCGGCACCCACCCUUGGCCAGCUGAAUCUGGGCUCUGGCUCCUCUGGCAUCAGCUACCAGGCUGGCGGCUCCGGCUCCGGCUCCAACUACCAGGAGUCCUCUUCCAGCGGCGGCGCCAUCGUGAGCGACUCCAUUGGUCUGGCCGGUCUGCAGCCCGGUCCCGCCAUCAACUACAACGAACAGGAGUCGUACAUCAGCCACCUGGCCAACUUCCAGCCCGCCCAGAUCAACAAGCACUUCUACAUCCACAGUGCUCCCGAGGAUCACGAUGAGCAGCAGAUCGUGCGCUAUGUGAAUGUGGGUAGGCCGCAGAAGAACUACCGCGUGGUGUUCAUCAACGCGCCCACCUCCACCACCAGCAAGGCCAAGAUCAUCGCCAAUGUGGCUCCCGUGGAGGAGAAGACCGCCAUCUAUGUGUUGUCCAAGAAGUCCAACGCAUUGGAUGUCAGCGCCGAGGUGGUCACACAGCGUCCGGUGGUCAACAAGCCGGAGGUCUUCUUUGUCAAGUACAAGACUCCCCAGGAGGCGGCCCAUGCCCAGCAGACCAUUCAGGCCAACUAUGAUGCUCUGGGCGGAAGCUCUGAGACCAGCAACGAGGGUGUGAUUCCCGUUUCCUCCGUGAUCGGCAGCCUGGGCGACAACGGUGCCUCCGGCGUGGUGACCGAUGCCAGCGGUAGCUUGAACAUCGUCGGCACCGGCGGAGUCCCAAUCGUGGAUGCAUCCGGCGCAUCCUACGAUGCCGAAGGAAGCCAGCGACAGGUGAUCAGCACCGUGACCACCGGCACCAAUGCCCAGGCCACCUAUCUGCCCGUGAGGCCUGUGAGGAAGUAGGAGAAUCCCCAGCACUCCUCCAUCGCCAAGCCACAUCCACUGCCACUGGACAACACACAACACUCACAGCCUCGGGGGAUUCGGACUGGAUGGAUGGCCCCUUGGGUUUGGGCUCCAUUGCAGUGGGAUUCCGCCCGGGGAAACCUUUGCGAUUUUUUCCUAUUUAGUUUUGCCUUCGGCAUCAGUUCAUUUUUUUUGUGUAUAUUUUUUUUUUUUUAAAUAAAAUAUAAGAGUUCUCAUAGGCAUUCAAAAAAUGUAAAACCG